CAAAGGUCUACUACAAGAAGCAUUACUGCCUCCCAAGCUUUCCUUGUACUGCUCAAACAAGGAAACUCCAAACAUCAGAGAGAAGAGAAUCCCCUCACUCUCCCAUCCAUCCAUCAAUCUCAUCAAUAUCUCAUCAACAUCUCAUCAACAAAUAAUAUCCAAAUUUCAACAUCAAAACCUUCUUUUUGCUUCACUCAUCAAAAUCUUCUGCUCUGUGUCUAAGCACAAAUAUGGAAAACCUGUUAUAAUUCCUUCCCUUGUUUUUCUUUUCUUUUCUUGAAGUGUGUGGUGAGAGUUUCCAUUAACAUCUUAAAAAAAGGUUUAUCAGCUGGUGAAAGUACUAUGAGAAGCAAGGAUGCAUCCUCUUUCAAUUGAAGCCUCUCUCUCUUUCUCUCUAGUCUUUUUCUCCUUUUAGGUAUAUAGCACACACAGUACACUGUCCUACUACUAAUAUUCAAAAGAAGUAAAUGAAACCCUAGAAGAAGAAAAACAGCAGUUAAUAGAGAAGAGAGAAAACACACCUCCAUAACCUUCACUAACCCUAAUCAUCUACAAGAUCCAACAAAAUUAACCCCCCAAAAGAACCCAGAUCACCAGUUCCAUGGAUUCAAUCCCAGAAGUAGAGAGUUCCAACUCUGGCAACACCACCACCAACAACAACUCUGGUGGCACCUCUUCAUCAUCAGCUUCCACACCAAGCCGAUACGAAAACCAGAAACGCCGAGACUGGAACACCUUCGGCCAAUACCUGAAAAACCACCGCCCACCGCUCUCCCUCUCGCGGUGCAGCGGUGCUCAUGUCCUCGAAUUCCUCCGGUACCUCGACCAAUUCGGCAAGACCAAGGUUCACACCCCAAUAUGUCCCUUCUACGGCCACCCUAACCCUCCGGCACCGUGUCCCUGCCCGCUUCGCCAAGCCUGGGGAAGCCUUGAUGCUCUCAUCGGACGCCUCAGAGCUGCCUUCGAAGAGAAUGGAGGAAGGCCUGAAACAAACCCAUUUGGGGCUCGAGCCGUGAGACUUUAUCUUCGUGAGGUUCGUGAUUUGCAGUCAAAGGCUAGAGGAAUCAGCUACGAGAAGAAGAAGCGGAAGCGCCCGCCACCACCACAACAGUUGCCACCGCCGGAUGCAAGUUGAAUGAUGGAGACGAUGCAUUGCAUUCACCAAGAAAGCUAUCAAAAAUGGAUCUUGUCCAAUUAAUCCCCAUGUUUGUGCUUAAAAUCUCUCUCUUUGUUGGUUGGUACUUUCUUUGAAAUGAAGGUUAGUUACUUUACUUAUUACUUUCCUCAAGUUGUAGCAACAAUAAACUGUUGUUUGGUUUCUGUGUGUACUCAACUGUUGUUUGCUAUCAGAGAACCAAUUAAUGGUUAGAUCUGGAGGAGAGACACCUUUGUUUCUGCUUUUGAUGCAAACAGUAUUAGUAGCAUCAGUAGUAGUUAAGAGAGACUAGAGUGAUAGUUGAUGUACUAUAAGUCUGUAAGAGUAAAUUAAUGUAAUUUCAGUCAUGAGAUUUAUGUGGAUGAUACUGAGCAAUCUCUUAUUUGCAGAUCAUGUAAUUUUAUGUUCUGAAAACCUCUCAAAUAUGUUUUAAGCA